GCGAGCCUUGUCCGCUUGGACGAGGUCCCGACCCCGGGCUGUCGACGCCAAUUGCGCGCUCUUCUGGCUGGCGUCCUGGCGAGCCGAAUCUCGCUCGACGCAGGCACGAUCAAGGUCCAACUGGAGGGACGCCGCUUGCUGACUCUGGGUCUCCAACUGGUCCUUCAGAGACGCGAUGAAUGCCCAAAGGGAAGCCUCCGUCGCGUCGACAGUCUGGAAACGCUUGGACCACCCCACGACUUCGUUGCGAACAACCGCCAACUCGCCACGCAGCUGACCAAUGGUCUCCGCCGCGCGACGAGUCUCGGUGUCCAGCUGGUCCCGGAGGGCGGCCACGUACGCCUCUGCCGCAACACGGGAGUUGCGCUCGACGACCAGGUCGGUCUCGCGCUCCACCAGGUCGCCCUGCACUCGGGCCAGGAGUUUCUCGGCGGCCUCUUUGGCCGAGACAAAUUCUUGGAUAAACCCAAAAAGAUACAGCACCUUUACCUUUCGGAGAGUGGAACCUGGACCGCCACGGCCGCCCGAGCACUGUCCAGGCUGGCCAACAACAAGGCGCACUCCGAGGCCGACCGAGUCAACGACGCGCACAACGACUCAACGGCUGGGGCGCACUGGCACCAGAAAGAGCAGGAGGGUUGGAAGCCGGAGCGGUGGACGGCCGGGUUGCCGCGGCCGACGACGAUCCUGACCGCACCAGAAAUGAGUGGGAUGCGUCUGAUGCUGGAGCGAAGGACCCGGCCGGUGGAACAGGAGCUGGUGGCGUGGACAUGGCGAAUGCGAAAGUGCAAUGAAGACGGCCUGGGACCAGACCCUCCCGCGGCCCUGUCCCUGGUUGAGGAAAAUCCCGGCCAACGGUGUUCCCAGGGCUACUUGCUUUGCCCAAUCACAAGCGACCUGGGAACAGGAGCCACUCAAGGCGCACCAGGAUUGGCCCAUCCUAUCGACCAGUUACACCGACUGUAUGCCCCGUGA